AGCGACGGAAGCGCGCUCGUGCGUUAAUGUAGAAGCGCUUCUGAAGGAGGGAGACAGUGUCUCAGCAGUUCGAUCCCCAGCAGUUCGAUCCCCAGCCCCUGCGGUGUACAUGUCGAAGUGUCCUUGGGCAAAAUACUGAACCGCAAAUUGCUGCCACUGACCUCAACAUAGCAGUCGGAGAGCAUCAUGGGAGGAGCAGUGGUGGACAAUGGACCUCCUGGGGUGAAGGCACCAGAUGGCGGCUGGGGAUGGGCAGUAUUGUCUGGCUGCUUCGUCAUCACUGGCUUCUCAUAUGCUUUCCCCAAGGCUGUCAGUGUCUUCUUCAAGGAGCUGAUCCGAGAGUUUGACGUCGGAUACACUGACACUGCCUUAAUCUCAUCAAUACUGCUCGCCAUGCUGUAUGGCACAGGCCCUCUGUGCAGUGUGCUGGUGAACAGGUUUGGCUGUCGACCGGUGAUGAUGGUUGGCGGAGUCUUUGCCUCGCUGGGGAUGAUUCUUGCCUCCUUUGCCACCAGUAUCAUACACAUCUACCUCUGCACUGGAGUUAUCACAGGUCUGGGUCUGGCGCUGAACUUCCAGCCGUCUCUAAUAAUGCUGAAUCUCUACUUCAGUGAGAAACGUCCUCUAGCCAAUGGCUUGGCAGCAGCGGGCAGUCCUGUGGCACUGUGCUGUCUCUCCCCACUGGGACAGAUCCUUCAGUUCCAGUAUGGGUGGAGGGGGGGGUUCCUCAUACUGGGAGGCAUACUACUCAACUGCUGUGCCUGUGGUGCCCUCAUGAGGCCCCUGCUGCCUACUCAGAAGCCCCUGCAGCUGGAGGAAAGCAUUCCCAUAGCUACAGAGGAGAAGAAACCCCAGCCAAAGAAGAAACUGUUGGAUUUCAGCGUGUUCAAGGACAGCGGUUUUGUCAUCUAUACCCUUGCAGCGUCUAUUAUGGUGCUGGGCUUGUUUGUGCCUCCUGUGUUUGUGGUCAGCUAUUCUAAAACCCUUGGCUAUGAAGACACUAAGUCUGCAUUGCUGCUCACCAUCUUGGGAUUUGUCGAUAUGUUUGCUCGGCCUGUGUGUGGACUCAUAGCUGGCAUGAAGUGGGUACGGCCCAGAAGUGUCUACCUGUUAAGCUUUGCUAUGAUCUUCAACGGUUGCACCGACCUCAUAGGAUCACAGGCGAAAGACUAUGCAGGUCUGGUGGUCUUCUGCAUCUUCUUUGGUAUGUCGUACGGUAUGGUGGGAGCGCUGCAGUUCGAGGUCCUCAUGGCGAUCAUAGGGACAGAGAAGUUCUCCAGCGCCAUAGGCCUGGUGCUGCUGAUCGAAGCUAUUGCUGUACUAGUGGGACCUCCUGGAGCAGGUCGCCUCUUGGAUGCCACCCAGGAGUACAUGUACGUCUUCCUGUUGGCGGGCUGUGAGGUCACACUGUCAGCCUUUGUCAUAGCCCUAGGUAACUUCCUUUGCAUUGAGAGGAAAAAGAAAGAUCCAGAGGCUAAGAUGGAGAUGGCUGUGACUGCUGCAGAGAAGGAGGAGCUGAACGGUGCGGUGGAACAUGAGGAAGAUCAUGGUGGCGUAGAGGAGCCAAAGGGAAAAGAGAUUGGAAACGUCUUUGAAAGCAGGGGGGGGAGGUGAUAAUGGUGAAGAAGAUGGGGGAGAAGGGAAUUAUUGUUGUGAAGAAUAAGACAAGUGAUGAGAAAAGAGCAACUGUGCACCAAGAGGACAUAAAAAGUACUGAUGGGGAUCGGUGGCAAAGAGAUGGAGCAAGGAGCCACACAGAGAGGGAGGGGUAUGAACAAAGUAGGGUAACAAAAGAGAGCUGAUAUUGCCCUUGAAAUGAAAAUCACAGUUUGAUAUAAUGGAUACAAGACAGACACUGUUGAUUAUCAAUAAGUGGUUUUGCCUGAAUUUGUUCUAAUGCAGCAUUUGGAUGAGAUUCACAAUGUGUAUUAGUGUUAAAUGAAGAGUCCUAGACUGAAAUAUAGCAAUUCCUUUGGGCAUGAAAAUGUCUCACUUUACUGGCAACAAAUAGCAGCUUUUCUGGGUAAGAUAACUUCUCUGUACUAUGGUCAACUCACAUUGCAUUUUAGAAAAAAGAAAUUCCAGUUGUGUACCUUCCUCAACAAUGACAGAUCCUGUUUUCUCCUUUCAGGACUCAAACUGUUCUCCUAUCCGAAUUUCCUAAUGAUUUCAAAUAAGUUGACUAAAAAGAUGCCACUCAAUGGCCACUUACUGUUUUUUCUCAAGCUUUCAAACACAUAUCACAGCCUUUGCCACCAGAUGGGGUUUGUACCCCCACAGUACCAAGGGAGUGUCCUGUCUUCAUUGUGCACCAGCACAGAUAUUGAAGUUUAAGAGCAGGCUAAAGACUUUCCUUUUUGAUAAAGCUUAUAGUUAGGGCUGGCUCAGGUUUGCCUUGGAUCAGCCCCUAGUUAUGCUGCUAUAGGCUUAGACUGCCAGGGGGACACCUCCC